AUGGGAGGCGUGGUCAAGGUCAAUGUGGCCGCAACUCAGAGCCAACAGAGCCGCAGCGGAGCGCGGGAGGGCCGCGGCUACACUGCCGAGCCGGAGCCGGAGCCGGAGCCAGAGCCGGAGCCGGAGCGUACAACACGGCCCACCUGGUCACCGCACGUCAUCAUGAGGCUCUGGAUCUUAGCGACCCUCUGCGCGUCGCUGCUUGCGCAGAGCCACUUUGUGCGGACUCAGGAGACUGGCAUGACCGGGGGAGAAGCGACAGCCACCUCUGCCAGCGCCACAGAGACGAGCGGCGCGGCAUCCGACGCCACGGCCAACAGCGGCGCGGCAACCACCGCCGCCCAGUCAGGCAGCGCCGCGUCCGAUGCCGGUGGAGUCAGCACGACAGCGGCCACCGCGGCCGGGUCGGGAGCGACUGCAACCGGCGCGCCGGGAACCGAAGGAUCUGGAACCACCGCGGCUGGGACCGGCACGGCUGGAUCCGGGACGGCCGGGUCCGGCACGGCUGGAUCCAGUGCACCCGGCGGCGACGCGACAACGACCGGCGCGCCUGGAACCGGCGGAUCUGGAGCCGCUUCAACUGGAACUGACCCGUCCGUGACCAGCAGCGACAACACAACCAGCGGUGCGACGGUUGAGACGGGCUCCACGACCGUCGGUGGCAUGGAUGGUGGGAGCAAUGCCACCACCGGGGGCGUUACUUCCAGUGCAAGUAACACCACCACUGGCGGCGGUGAUACCAGUGCGAGUAACUCCACCACCGGGGGCGUUACUACCAGUGCAAGUAACUCCACCACUGGCGGCGAUAAUACCAGUGCAAGUAACUCCACCACCGGCGGCGAUAAUACCAGUGCAAGUAACACCACCACCGGCGGCGAUUCUACCAGCGCAAGUAACUCCACCACCGGCGGGGAUUCUACCAGUGCAAGUAACUCCACCACCGGCGGGGACAGCUCCACCACCAGCAGCAGUGGCACCGCCACUGGCGGGAAUGGCACCGCCACCACUGGCGGCUCCAGCAGUGGAGGUGGCUCGGCCGGGGGAGCGAACUCCGGCGGUGGAAGCACGAUGUCGACCGAGCCGACCACCACCGAGCUACAGCUGACCACUAGGCCUCCCAGUUCAGAGUCAAGCAUACGGGUGGAUAUUAGAUUUACCGACAUGGUUUUCGACAACGACUACAACGACACCAGCACCAGCAAAUCACAGGCCAAACGAGGCCAGCUGGGGACUUUGUUACAGAACCAGCUGACGCCCCAAGUGCCGGAUAUUGUGAGGGUCCACGUGUGUUGUCUGGAGGCCGGGAGCGUCAAGAGCGGGAUGGAUGUCGUUUUGGCGGGCACGGACGGCAAUCGCCUGCAACGGGUCCAAGAGGCGGUGACCAACGUAACCAGCAGCGGCACACUGGGCGGCGAGGCUAUCUCCAAUGCCGACACGGUCGUCUCGUUGAUCGAGUGCUCCAACGAGCCGCCGCCGCCGAUGGAGAACGGCCAGCGCAGCUGGAGUGGCUCCAAGGCGCUGGACAGCAAGGCCACCUACUACUGCAUGCCCGGAUACACCCUGAAAUCCAGCAGUGGAACAGAGCUGAACGAGCUCGACAUCACCUGCGCCAUGGCCAGUCCUACGGUGUACGUCUUCGGCAACCUGGGCUCCGGCAACGUUUGCGAGAUGGACCCCACCACCACCACCACCACGACCACCACCACUACCACCACCACCACGGUCGCCACGACGACAACAAAGCCUAUGCCCAAAACAACGCCCUACGUGCAUAAUAAGCACAGCACCUACACGAACGGACUGUUCCUGGAGGUCACCAUUCCGGCGGCGGCAGGCAUUCUGCUGGUGCUGAUCCUGCUUCUGCUCUGUGUCAGAAUCGACAGCAUACUCUACAAAAUUUGCGCAGAUAACACGAAGGCCUAAGACGCCGAACGGUGUCCAGCUGCAGAAAUUCCUCCAACCAAGAGUUUUGAAAAACUUCAAACACUACCGGGCCCGAAAUUGCGGUUGCUGCCCGAGAAGACAUUUGCUGACCUACGUUCUCCAAUAGCGGAUUUGAAACUCUUUGUGACACAGUCGAGUUCGUUACUCCGCACGCAUAAGGAAUUUUUUAUUCAGUUACAGCUCAUGCGCGGUCAAAUUUUCGUCUCAUGUCAUCACGUGCCAUGUCAUGCGGUGGCAAGGCAUGCGGUUUUUUCAAAGUGUGAAGCAGGUGGUAACGGAAGGAGAGAUGAUGUGCAGUAGCAACGGGUCUCCAAAGGUUCGUGCAUCAAAAGUGCAUGAAGAAAAAGUUCCAAGUACUAACUCCCCACGUUAGGCCGGGUCGUGUUGUGAUCUAGGAUCGUUAGUGUAGCAGUCACCAAAGUGCCUUAUUACCCGGUUAAAGUCGCGGUGGUUCUCGUCCACCGAUGACCCUGACCUGUUGGCUGGUGUCAAGUCGCGUUCUGUGGUGUGCUCCCAUGACUGGCCCCCUGAAAAUCAGCGUGGUCUGCGUUUGUCCCCCCGUCUGUCUGUGGAUGCGGCGGCGCUGUUGCCGCCGGUCGCCUGAGCGCGACAUUGUGGCUCUGUGUCGCAUCGUUCCCAUUGAAUAGCGUUGCAUUGAAUCGUGUUUCCGCUACCGUAGUGUGAGUGACUGUGCCUUGGACGUGGGGAUAGUCCGGUGUGGAAACGCCUCAAAAUGCCAUGGUCGGACAUUCCCUACGUCCAAUCCCAGCGCUAUCGCUAAUAUACGCAAUCAUCCG